AAAGCUUGUUGAUUUUAAUUUUCAAGAAACACAAAAUAAGAUUAGAAAACCAAAUAUUAUUAUUAAAAUAGAUGAAUUACUAUUUGAGAAACUGAACAAAAAUAACUACUGGGAUAAUUUAUUAGAAUGUAUAAAAAAUACUGAAUACUUUGGAGAGAAUGAGGAAGAUGAAGAAGAAAGUAAUGAUAAAAAUAUAGAAGAAUAUAAUAAUAAAAAUAAAGAUAAUAAAGAGAAUAAUAAUCAUAAUAAGUAUGAUAAUAAUAAUAAAAAUAAAGAGAAUGAAGGUGUAAAAAAUGAAGGCAAAGAAAAUAAAAAAGAUGAGGAGAAUGAAGAUCAAGAAGAAUGGAAUGAGAAAGAAUAG